AUGUAUUGGCGUGUUCUCCCCGUGGUCGCCCUUGCGGCACCUACGCAUGCCCUGAUACGAAUGGGAUGUUCACAGCUAGUUGUUCAACGUCUCGAUCCACUAGUGACGCCCGGCCAAGUGCCUUCGCCCCAUGUACACCAAAUAAUCGGAGGAAAUUCUCUAAAUGCGACGAUGCACCCCUCAAACCAUGACAUCCCUAAGAUGUCCACCUGCACCACUUGUCAAGCGGCAGAUGACUUCUCCAACUACUGGACCGCCGUACUAUACUUCAAAGCGCAGAAUGGGACCUACAAGCGGGUGAAUCAGAAAGGAAAUGCCGGAUUCGAGGGGCAGAAGGGUGGUAUGACUGUUUACUAUAUGCAAAACCAGUUGGCCGACUACGAGCAGAAGACUCAGGUUACUGCGUUCAAGCCUGGCUUUCGAAUGUUCGUUGGAGACCUCAACGCUAGGACUUUAGAGGAGGCGAAGCCAUACCGGCAACUCACCUACACCUGCUUGCAAGACAUGAGUACCAGAUACCCAGAAACAAAGUACUUGCCGAACAAACCCUGCCCAGCUGGAAUCAUGGUCAACGUCCGUUUCCCAACUUGCUGGGAUGGCGUAAAUCUGGAUUCACCGAAUCAUAUGGAUCAUGUAUCGUACCCAGCAAACGGUACAUUUGAGUCGCAAGGACCCUGCCCAACUUCUCAUCCUGUAAAAAUUCCUCAACUCAUGUUCGAGGUUAUCUUUGACACCGCGCCGUUCAACAACAAGGCCGACUGGCCGACCGACGGGACACAGCCGUUCAUGUGGAGCUUUGGAGACACCACUGGAUACGGCACGCAUGGCGACUAUGUUUUCGGAUGGAAGGAUGACUCUCUGCAGAAGAUCAUGAACGAGCCUUGCUAUGUCAACUGCAAGUCAAUGAAGACCCAAACGAUAGACCAAAUGAAUUCUUGUACUGUCGAACAGACUGCAAAAGAGGAUAUGGACAGUUGGGUAAAAGAAAUUCCAGGUCAGGCAAUGACGGAAGAGUGA